ACUCUGGACUUUACUCUGAGCAGGACCAAAUCUCGGAGGCUUUAUUCCAGAAUGUAUAUGAAGCUAUUGGCAGUCGUGGCUGCGCUCACGUUGGUGAUUUGUGCGCCUCCAUCACAAGCAAAGCCCAUAAGUCUGGUGGAGAGAUGCUACUGUCGUUCAACAGUCAACAGCCUCCCACGAGGCUACAUCCGAGAGCUCAGGUUCAUCCACACGCCAAACUGCCCCUUCCAAGUGAUUGCCAAGCUCAAGACAAACAAAGAGGUGUGUGUGAAUCCAGAGAUACGGUGGCUGCAGCAGUACCGGAAGAAUGCCAUCAACAAGAUGAAGAAAUCCAAAAAGGGCAAUUAAAACCUCUUGCCGAGAUCCUCCUGAGCCAUCGCUGAGGGUUUGAAGUAUCGCAGCUAUAUGUGAUAUGAGAUCAUCUGGUAUGUUGAACAGCACUUAUCCCGGCCGGCUGCCGCGCUGCGGCCUUUUGCAUGAAAUGAACCUACAACUCUUCAUAGCGAACACCAAUCCACCAGCCUUGACGCCGUCCUCACCAUCACCACCCUCGCAACUUAUAGAGAUUGUAGACGUUAUUAGUGCAAAGUGCAAUUAUAUCUGUGAAUGUAUGUUUUUCUAACUAUAUUGUAGAUACUUUUUUGUUAAUGGACAUCAACAGCAAAUAGCUACUUUUUAACAGAGAUGUUCACAUCCGUCAAGCCUCUGUGUCAUUAAGUAAAGGUAAAAGUGUUAAAUGGAGAGAGGUGAUGGUCAGCAGGAGGAUUUUCUCCACAAUUAUCAUGAGUUAGCAUCCCACUUGUAUGUAUCAGAGUCCUGUCAUCUACUAAAACAACAGAAAACAGAUUAUGUCUAAUCCCUAACAUGGGAUCUGCUUAACUUGGUCAUCUCUGAUUUUAAAUUGUACACAAUUGACAACAAUGUAAAGUUUUUGUUCUAAAAACGUGCAGUCGCAGAGUUUGCCAAGUCGUAUUUCAUGUUUCAAGUUAAUUGGCACUGUGGAAUUUAAAUGGGUGCCAGAUACCCCCAUACUGAGUGUAUACUGUUAAAAAAGAUCCUAGUAAAAAUGUCUAUUACAAUGUUUUGUGAUGGAAAUUAGAAUGCCACAAGAGGUGGAGCAUUUCCUGAGCUGUUCUGUACCAAACAUGACAGACAUGACAAAGAGAAGCUGAACAUCUUUAAUUUAAUUGACAGUAAGUGGAAUCAUAAAGAUUCCAGUAAAUGUUUUGAUAAAAAACAAGAGCUGUUAAGAACAAAUAGUGACACUCACCAAUCACAGUUCGCUACCUUAAAUCAGUCAAAAAGAUUAACACGUGUAAGAUGAAUUAUGAUUGAAAUAAACCUUUAGUUUGAAUGUCCAUUUCAAUGAAGGAUAUACUGCAAUUUAUAUAAAAGUUACCACAUCAGUAGUUAAGCACAAUGGUAUACUGAGAGCCACAGUAUACUAUUACUGACAAUAAAUAGAUGUACAUAUAUGUGACUACCUACGACUGUUAUGCAGAUAGCAAUGCACUUUAUACCUGAUGUAUUCAUGUUUUAAACCACAGUUUCUAAGUCUGAUCAUUAAAUGUUGUCUUUUCUCUUUUUCAUGUUAAUCAUAUGUUUGCAUUCUGUUUUUUUAAUUCAUUGAAUGUGCAGCUGUGUUUAACUGUUAAAGUCUGGAGAUCCAUUCAUCUAUUCAUUUUAAUCUCAUAUCAUCUUAGUCACAUGUACAACUAAUAUUAUACAAAUGUUUUAUUUUUGUACUCAUUUAUGCAUUUAUAUAUUAAAUCUAACCAUUUAAAUG